AUGACAACAACAUCGGGCACCAGACCAGAAGAUCGGCACUUGAUGUUGAAGAAACGUUCACCACCCAUAGUGAAAUCAAAACCGGCCUCAGUAACGACGAAUCCAGCUCUGUCCUCACCCUCGUCCUCCUCAGUACCGGCGAGCUUAAGAGCAAUCUUAUCCGCCAAAACAGAGUUGGCGCCAAUACUAAUAUUGGCAAAAGGUCCAGCAUGGACAAAUACAGGUGUACCUGGAAUCAGUUAG